AGACGAUUGAAUAUUUUUCUUUACGCCAAUCAAGUUUUUUUUUCUUGUCAGUGAUAAUUUUUGAUUUUUGUUUGGUUUAUAUUUUGAAAAAAUUUUCAACAACAAAAAAAAAUGUCCAACAUUUGUUUACGUUGUAAUAGAGCAGUAUAUGCUGCUGAAGAAUUAUUAGCCGGUGGACAAAAAUGGCAUAAAGUUUGUUUCAAAUGUAAUCUUUGUAAUAAACGUUUAGAUUCAACUAAUGUUAAUGCCCAUGAUAAUGCAUUAUGGUGUAAACAAUGUUAUGCAAGAAAAUUUGGUCCAAAAGGUUAUGGAUUUGGUGGUGGCGCUGGUGCAUUGUCGAUGGAUGUUGGUGAACAUUUAGGUAAUCGUGAAUCACAAAUGACAAACAAACCAAAAGGUGUCAAUGUCUAAUUCUUACCAGCUUCGAUUGUAUGCUAUUUACACACCACUGUCAAUCAUUUUUAUCGAAAAA